CAAAGGUCUAUUAAUUAAAUUAGAAAAAUACGGGAUAAAAGGCAAACUUUUAGAUUGGAUUAAAAACUACUUAAGUAACAGACGCCAGUCAGUGGUACUAAAAAAUGCUAUAUCUUCUGAAGUAUCUAUCAAAGCCGGAGUUCCUCAAGGUUCAGUGUUAGGGCCACUUCUUUUUCUUGUAUACAUCAACGAUAUCUCAAAUACAUUACUAUCAAUGACUAGACUUUUUGCUGACGACACCGCAUUAGCAUACUCUUCGAAAAAUUUACACGAUAUAAAACAAAUUAUAAACUACGACAUGGAACAAUUAAACCUUUGGUCAAAUAAAUGGUUAAUGAAUUUCAACCACAAACACCUAGGAGUCAUUAUUAGUAACAACGGCACAUGGAACUCUCACAUCGAACAUAUACUAACAAACACUACAAAGUACAUUGCAACUUUAAGGAAAUUAAAAUACAUCCUAAAUAGAAAAAACUUGGAAAAAAUAUACCUUGUUUUUAUAAGACCACUAUUUGAAUAUGCCUGCGAAGUAUGGGACAAUUGUAAUAUCACAUUUUCGAAUAAAUUAGAGAACAUGCAGUAUGAAGCAGGUCGAAUAAUAACUGGAUUACCUAUUUAUACAAAAAAAGAAUUUAUUUACAGAGAGCUCGGAUGGAAAUCAUUGAUAGAUAGACGCAGGAUUAGAAAAUUAUCCAUGUUUUAUAAUAUUUAUCAUGAUAAUGCUCCCUCAUUUCUUAAAUCUCUUCUACCACCUAUUGUGUCAAACUUCUCUAACUAUAAUCUUAGAAACAGGAAUAACUUUCAGAACCCAUACUAUAGACUGCAAAUCACAAAAUCAUCCUUCAUACCAAGUACUUCAGACUACUGGAACAAUCUAUCUAUAGAAACAAAGUCAUCAGCAUCCAUUAAACAAUUUAAAUCUCUUAUUCAGCCCCAAGUCACUACCCCUUCUUAUAUUAAAUGUUUUCUUGAAUAUGGGUCCAGAAAAGUAAAUAUUAUACAUUGCCAAUUACGAAACCGCAGUAGCUCUUUAAAUUACGACCUUUUUAAAGCCCACCUUCGAGACAACUCUACUUGCGACUGCGGAAAUGACUCGGAAGACUCUUCCCAUUUCUUACUAAAUUGUAAAAAAUUUGAUCAAUCCCGUAAUAUAAUGCUCCAAUCCCUCGAUUGGUAUAACGAGAUCACUGUUGAACACCUUCUCUUCGGAGAUGCAAACCUUGACUACAAUCUAAACAUUCAAAUUUGUAGGUCUGUACAACUGUUCAUUUUAAGCUCCAAACGGUUUAACAUGUAAUACCCAAUAGUCUUAUUGAAUAACCAGGAUACCUAUUUCGACUAUUCUCAUCUGUCUCUCCCCUCCACCUCCUCUCUUAUUCCAGCCCCUCUCCCUUUUUCCAACACCAACGAUCUCUGUGUACUAACUUCAAUCUUAGCGUCCAUCAAUAUCAUAACCGUUUCCAUAUGACAAAGAGUGCGUGUUCGGUUUUCCUAAUCUAGUCGGCUAAGUAUGUAAGGCAGGAAUUCACAAAAGGACUUGGAGUGACACAGGAGAAAGGCAAAUGCGGCACGGAAUGUGAUUGAACUUUAGAAAAGCAGAAGGACAUGUAUGUAUAGAUUAGUUAUACUGCUUACGCCGACUUGAUUGGGAAAAUCACACACGCGAUCUCAAGUAAACUCUCCGAAUACAUAUUUAAAAACUAUACGUUGGUGUCCCUAAUCCUAUCAUUACCUCUUUUGC